AACGCUGAAGUGGAGUUCCGCAUUGGAAGCUAGCGUCACAGCUACACACAGCACGAACUCAGAGACGGUGGGACUUUAACCUCUAAUAUCAUGUUAAAAACGCGUUAUUUUUAUUAACGGCGGCACAUAAACUUCUCUCCGGGACUCCCGGAAGACGGAAACAAGCGUUAAAGGAAGCCUCGAAGACGCAGCAGCGAUGAGCAGCAGCCCUGCGUCUGUGCACAUGGAUGAGGUCAGGAGGAAAGCCCAGUCCCUCCUCUCCUCCUCAGGCGUAGCCCAGGAUGUGAAGGCUGAGGUCCAGACCAUGGCCAGCAUCGCUCUGCCUCUGUCAGAGAAGUACUGUCACCUCGAGGCGGAGGCCAUGCUGAGGGACAACACGGCCAGCCGCAACAGGCUGGAGGCUCUGGAGUCUUUGAGUAGGCUGGUCAAGGCCUUGAGUAUCCUGGAGAAGUACGGCUGUAACCUGACCUGCCCUGCCAGGCCCAGGUACUGGAGGAGCGUCAAACACAACAACCCUGUCUUCAGAACAACAGUGGACGCCAUGAAGGGAGGGCGUAGAGUCCUCUAUCUCUACGGUUACACCAAUCAGCAGAUAGAUGGCCUCAGUUUCCCAGAUGAAGUCAGCGAACCGGACGCUGAAAAAGUUGCUGCCGUGACGCUGGAGGUCAUGACCUUACGCACAGAGGUGGACAUGCUCAUUAAGGGCACCCAUCCUUACAUAGAAAACUUCAAAGAUAUACUCCCAUUUGUCGAGCAGCAGGAUGUGACUGUGAGUGACUCUGUGGUUAUCCUGCCGGGAGAGGAGCAGCGUGGAGACAAACCCCAGGUCCUCUCUCCUUCACCUAAACCUGCUCAGAGCCUCUUAGGACAGUCCCUGAAACCAUCAGCAGGCUCUCUUACACAGAGCGAGUGUAAUUUGUGUGGCAGGGCUUCUUCUCUGGUUUGCCCGUCAUGUGACAAUCAACAUUUUUGCGAUGCAUGUGAUGACCUCUUUCACCGCCACCCCUCCAGAGCCAAUCACAAGAGAGACAAAAUACAGAAAACUGAACAGGAGACCUGCACCAUCUGUGGUAUUUCUGCUGUGUACGCUCAGUGCUCCGCCUGCGUCCAGAGCCUGUGUCUGAACUGUGACAUGCUCUUCCACUCUCACCCUGACCGCAAAGGACAUAACAGAACUAUCGUUACACCUGUCAAAACAUCCAGUCCAUCUCUGUCACCUUGGGAGUGUUCUCAUUGCACCACAGUGAACGAGAUACGAGCUGUUCUGUGCUCGACCUGUGAACGGCCUCGGCUCGCCACGGCUGCUUCUACCGUUCAGGAAAGCCCCAUGUCAGUUCCUACAUCACCGAACACAGAGUGGCAGUGUAAGAGCUGCACGGUUGUAAAUCAAGGCAGCAGCAUCCUGUGCAUUGUGUGUGAGCGCCCUCGUCUGGCCACUCGACCGCCCGUCGCUCCAGUGUCUUCUAACCCAGGAUCUCUGUCUGAUGCUGGAUCAAAGUGGACCUGUCAGUUUUGCACCUAUGUGAACACCAAGCCCACUGGGGUGUGUGAGAUGUGCAACUUGUCAUGUAAGGACUCUCCUGGCGAUUUGCUGCCCCAGUCUCUUCAACAGACGCCGUCCAUCACUACAGAUCAGCCUCAGCCCGGUGCGAAGCCCCAGCCGAAGCCCAGAGUGCACAUGGAGCUGAAGAGACAGAAGAGGAUGAGGGAGGACGGACUCAACCUCAUCCACCAGAUCAGAGAAGCAGAAAAGCGAGGGGUCAGCCCAGAGGAAGUGUACGCAGCCCUCUGCAUGUGCGGUGGCAGCAACAUCAACCCCUGUGACUGGCUGACAUCAGAGCUUCCGCACCUGCUGGAUGAAAUCUGCGCUAUGGCAGCGUCUGUCCAGCUAAACUACAAAGCUGGGGAUUCUGGGAUACACCCCAUGGUGGAGAGAGACGGCGAGGAGUCGGAGGAGAGAGGUCCCAACGCCACAGGUGAAGAUGUGAAGCUGUCCAGAGCUGAGGCCAAGCUGGCGUGGUUAGCAGCAGGAGGAGACACAGACAGAGCCGUGACACAGCUACUGAGAGACCGACAUGUCAAGAUGAGGGAGCUCCACUCUCUGGGUUUCAGGGAUGUGGCCCAGUGUGAGGAGGCCCUGCGGCUUAGCGGGGGUGAGGUUAAAGGGGCUUUGUCUUUGCUUCAGCGCCCUCUCCUGGAGCCUUUCCACCAGCGUAUCUGGGCCGACCAGCCCGAGCCACCGAUUGAUCCCAAGCACCCGGACAAACAGAGGAUGUGCAGGCGUCUGCUGGCGCUGUACGACCUGCCCAGCUGGGGACGCUGUGAGCUCGUACUGUCGUUGCUCCAAGAGCCAGGUGUCACUUACUCCCUGGAGGAUGUAGUGCAAGCUGUGAAGGAGUCGCAUGACAAAGAUUUCAUCAGGCGCCUCCUCAACAAUGAGUGCCCCUGCUGUCUGUGCAUCUUCCCUCGGAGCAAGAUGCAGUCUCUGACCUCCUGUCAGUGCUCAGUGUGCCACGAGUGUUUCAGGCAGCACUUCACCAUUGCUGUGAGAGACAAACACAUCAGAGACAUGGUGUGUCCCGUCUGUGGAGAGCCGGACAUCAAUGACCCCGAACAACUGGACAGCUACUUCUCCACACUGGACAUACAGCUGCGGGACUGCCUGGAGCCUGAUGUGUACGAGCUGUUUCACAAAAAGCUCACUGAGCACGCUCUCAUGAAAGACCCAAAGUUCCUCUGGUGCUGUCAUUGCACCUCUGGUUUUAUCAAUGAUGGAGAUCAGCUGAAGGUCACCUGUCCGUCAUGCCGGAACAGUUUUUGCACUCAGUGCAAGAAACCUUGGGAAACUCAGCACCAGGAUCUGUCCUGUGAGCAGUUCCAGCAGUGGAAGAGGGAGAAUGACCCAGAGUACCAGAGGCAGGGCCUGGCCGGCUACCUGAGAGACAACGGCAUCACCUGUCCUCACUGCCGGUUCCAGUAUGCACUGACGAAAGGCGGCUGCAUGCACUUCAGCUGCUCCCAGUGCAGAUACCAGUUCUGCAGCGGCUGCAACAACCCCUACCACAAGACGGGAUGUAAGACGCCCCAGUGCAGUUACUCUGGUCUACACUCCCAUCACCCUCGCGACUGUCUCUUCUAUCUCAGAGACUGGGAGCCGCCCAGACUACAGGCCCUGCUGCAGAGGAACGGCGUGGAGUUCAACACAGACCCAUCUAAUGGAACUCAAACUGAUGCUUGUGGUGUGAUGGAGCAGAAAGACGAGGGCGGUCAGCAGAUUGAUUCACCGUGUGGCAUUCAAACACAGCCGGGACAAGCUGGACUCUGCGAGAAGCACUACAGGGAGUACCUGGUCAGUCUGAUAAACGUUCACUCCCUGGACCCGGCUCUGCUCUACGACGCCCAAGAGCUGACUCGGGCCUGUGAGAGAUACCAGGUGGACGUGCAGAGAGGAGAGAACGAGGAUGACAACACCUACCACACUCGACUGCUCAAGAAACUGAUGGAGGUUCCUCUUGGAGAAAAGGUUCCUCGUAACAAGUAAAUAUUCCUGAGCUGCACAUCAUCACCGUCCUCAGAGGAAGAGACAAAGAUCUGAUCUGAAAUCUGCCUGGAAAAUCUUCACAAAGUCAGACGGCUAAUUGACGACUAACGAGAGACCGAUCCAAUCAUCUGACAAGUAACUUUACUCUCCAGCCUGCGGUGACACUUCUGACCAGUUUAGUGCCAAACCAUGUGAAUUUGUGUGCCAGCUUUGUGAGUCAGCUGUGUCCGAUUUGUGUCCCUGUAUCUGUUUUUUUUUUCUCUGUUGAUCAUAAAGAAACUGAUUUUGAAGAAGAGGAACUAUUGAUCUAAACAUAAGCAAUACUCUGUGAUUUUCUGCUGAGUUCAGCUGAGUCAGUUAAAACGUUUCUCUCAUUUCUUUAAGUCGCACGCGAAUCUUACGAGAAUCUGAUGAUUUAUCUCUUACACAUUAUGUUCAUCAUCAUGUUAAACUUUCUCAGAACAAUGUAGAGUUAAAAUUAAGCACGUUAUUCACUGUCUCAAGGGUCAAAGAGUUCAGAUUUUAUUUAUGUAUGAUGGAGGGAUGAAUCAGACUCAAUAAAAAAUAUUUUGAAGUGUG